AUGGCCUUCAUUGACCAGUUCAACCGAGUGACUGCGUUGAUCAUCAACGACAUCCAGUCCAAUCGCAACAUACAACGGCGAGCCAAGGCCGUCGAGUAUUGGAUUAGCUGUGCUGACAGAUCGUAUGAUAUGCGCAGCUUCAAUUCGGCCAAGGCUAUA